AUGGCGGUGCUGAGUGUUGUUGUUGAGGAGGUGGUGGUCCAGGAGGAGGUGGUGGUCCAAGAAGAGGUGGUGGUCGAGGGUGUCGUUGAUUCGGUGGUCGAGGUUGUGGUUGAAGGCGUGGUUGAUUCGGUGGUAGAAGAAGUGGUCGACCAAGAGGUGGUUGUGGUGGAGGGGGUCGUUGAUUCGGUGGUCGAAGAAGUGGACCAGGAGGUGGUGGUUGAGGAGGUCGAGGGGGUCGUUGAUUCGGUGGUCGAAGAAGUGGUCGAAGAAGUCGUCCAGGAGGUGGUGGUUGAGGUGGUUGAGGCAGUUGUGGAUGGAGUGGUCGACGCUGUAGUCGAUGAUGAUGUGGACUGCGUGGUCGAGGCAGUAUUAGAGCCAGAAGUCGAAGUGCUGGUCAUAGAGGCGGAGCUAGAGCUAGAGGUGGGCCAGGAGGUAGAGCUUGACUGGGUGGACGUCCAAGUGCUUGACGCACCGCUAGUAGUCUGUGAGACCGUUCCCCAGGUGUUGACGCUGCUGAUACUGCUGCUGGUACUGCUAUAG